AUCAUGUGUAGUUCUACCUGAUGGUUGGAGACAAGUGCUGAUUCUGACUUUGUUAAAAGCCCGGAGGAGAAAUGACGAGAUGGUGAACUGUUCCAUCUGCCUUGAUGCCAUCAAGACGCCGACUUGUUGCAUUCCCUGUGGACAUGUGUUCUGUAACAUGUGUAUAGGACGAUGGCAGCGACAGCAUGCCUACAACGGUACAACCAGGGACUGCCCACAGUGUCGGCGCCAGAUAGAACACGCCCAGAUCAUCAGGUUUGAUAUCUCGGAGGAAGUCAAUGACAUAGAAUAUGAUGAUGCUGUUGAAAAUCCUUGGGAUGAAUCUGAUGUUGGAACAAUUUUGAAAUCAUUGGAAAAUAUUUGGAAAAGGAGUCAAAUGAGACAAAUCUUCAAAUCUGGACAAGCCAGAAUACUAUCAUAUGACUGUGUCAAACACAUGUGGUAUUGUGCCAAGGAUGGCUGGAAUGUUGGAAAACGGUUUAUAGGAGAGGUCCAUGCAUCUGAUGGUUUGGAGAACAAAGUAAACUUGGUGAAGCAGCGCCUACAUCAGGGCGUCAGUCAUUGUAAACAUAAAGUGAUGCACCAUCGACACACUGAGUCUCUGAAGAGGAAAUGGCAGGGAUUGUCAGAGGACUGGAAACAUGUAUUAGCCAUUUCCCUGGCCGUGCUGGUGGUCCUUCUCAUAGUGGAUGUCCAACAUAAAGAUGGCCUUAUACAAUCUGUGAUCUUUCCAGUGUUUCACACGUUUUUCUUCAUCUUUCAUGAACUGCUGGUGUGCUUGACCUACAUUGUCUUCCGUCCGCUACAUUGUUCAUUUCUAUGCACCAUGGAGGUAGCGUCCACCAUAGCAGAUGUCACUGUGGAGACCUUGGUAUCAAUUGUACAGAUGAUUGUGGCGUUAGGUGUCUUACCCUUAACAAUGGCCCUGGGUUUGAUACAGGUCGUCACGAUGACUGUAGGUACCAUACUACGGACAGUGAUACCACUGUUUAUCCUCCUAUACUUUAUCAGCCCCUCUGUCCAGAACCACUGUAGAGCUAUCUUAGCCAGACUCCAAAACCAAAACCGAAACGAAGGAGAGAACAACUAAUACCACGAUGAGAUGCAGAAAUUUUUAGUUAAAAACAUUUCACACCCAUGGAAGGCUUUGGUUGGAUUCCGAAUAAUAGCUACAUUUUUACAUUUAUUUAUAAAUAAUAGUUUGUGUUUUCAAAAAUAAUUGCCUUCCAUGGGAUGGAGAUAUUUUAAAAUGGAACUGCAUUUUUAUAUAAAUAUGAUCUUAUUUAAGUGUUAUUGCUUGAUGGAAGGGCAUUCUUUACAUAUUUAUAUAUUGCAAUCUUUUUUGAUUGGAAAAUGAUACAACUCUAUUACUGCACAUAGGAGAUGGCAUAUGAUUAGCAGGUUAAUCACUCUAUUAUUACUGGUACUACUAGAGUUAAUCUCACUCGGCCCAUGUCAGAUUUUUAAAAGGCUGAUAAAACAUCAGAAACCUUCAGAUUAUACCGCAGGUUAAUGUUUAAUUUUAAGGUGGAUGAUUCAUAUUUACUUGAAACUUGUUAGAUAUUGGAUUGAUUGUGCAUGUAUUGGCACAUCAAAUUGUUAUAGAUGUAAAUUAUGAUGCCAAAACACCUCACUUAGUAGUCAUUAGUAAGUACAAGUACCCUGCCAAAAUCUAAAACCACCUAUUAAUAUCAGUACAUGUGAUCUUUGUUUUCAGUGUGUAGGUAAUAUUCACCUUUGACUGAUCGUUUGGAUACUGGUGUUAAACAGUUAACCUGAAUUGUUGUACAUGUUAUCAGGUUGUUUGCUGCAUACAUACAAUAUUUUCUAAAUUGAAAUUUAAGUCAUUUUCAUGUAUGAUACAGUAGGAUUAGAUGUGUUGAUGUCAUUGUUUGAAGGACUUAGUGGUACAUAUGUUUCAGUAUUGAUUUUACAUAAGUGUACUAUAUCUUAUCUAUAACCCAAAUAGGCUUGCGAUCAUUAAUUAGUAUAUUAGACACAGAUUUCCUAUCGCAAUAAGCAAAUUAAGAAAGGCCAUAUGACCAUUGUACCAAUUUUGUUUUAGAUAUGAUGGAACAGUGGGUUGGGCCUAAAACUAAGUAUCGGAACAGUUUCAAGUAAAAUAUGCUAGAUUUAUAUGUACAUUGCAGCCGCUUAUUAUAUUCUAUGGUAAGGUCAGCCAUUUGAUAUAUAUGCGACACAAUCAACAUACAGUUUGUUGUACACUUGUCAUAUCUUUGUGACACCAUGUUAGACAUGAAUGUUUUACCUUGACCCAGUGCAUGUCUGUCUAGACAUAUCUUGGCCUGAUCCAUACCUGGUCCAUACCAUAACACCUACAGGUCAUAUUGCCUUCUGAUCUAAAUACGAAUCGUCAUUAUAUACUAUGUUAUGAAGACAUGGUGGUGGCUAGUUAGGGUGUCUGUUAGAUGGCCUUUCAACCAACCAAUCAUAGCUUCACUGGCAAAAUUUUUCCAGAAUCUCCUUUCCAUUGACAAUCUCAUGGUUGAUCCUUAUUGAAUAGAUUACCGGGUACAUGUAUAUCCAAGCGUCCCAAAUAUCAUCAAAGAUAAUAUGGCUGCACCCACCUCAAGAAAAUUCAUAUUCAAAUUGAUGUAUUUUGUGGACAAGGUAUGAGUGAUUUGUAGAUUUUCCUUUGUUCUAAAAAUGCCCCAGAAGGAAAUGAAAGUAUAUGUAGCAAAAUAAAAGAUAGAUUAUAGGCUAAUUAACUUUUUCAGUAUUCUUUUGAUUUCCUGUUCAAUUUGCACACACCCUGAAACAGACAUAUAAGUGAUGCUUUUUGUUUGCCUGAACAUAUACUAAUGUAUGUUAAGCAUUGAGGUCAACUGAACAUGACCCCUUGUUAGCCAUCAUCAGAUCUUCACAUAAUGUACCCAGUAGUGUAUAAUGAUGAUCAGUAUUUUAAUCAGUUCCUUCAUAUCUUGAUAUAUCCAUAAUAUCCUGUCCGGGAGUAAUAUCUCAGCCAGAUCCAUAUCUAGUCUGGGGGAAUCAUGUCAGCCGGAUUCAUAUCUAGUCUGGGGGAAUCAUGUCAGCCGGAUUCAUAUCUAGUCUGGGGGAAUCAUAUCUCAGCUAGAUCCAUAUCUAGUCUGGGGGAAUCAUAUCUCAGCUAGAUCCAUAUCUAGUCUGGGGGAAUCAUAUCUCAGCUAGAUCCAUAUCAAGUCUGGGGGAAUCAUAUCUCAGCCGGAUUCAUAUCUAGUCUGGGGGAUCAUAUCUAGGCUUGAUUUAUAUCCAGUCUAUGGGUCAUAUCUCAGCACAAUCCAUAUCCAGUCUGGGGUUUAUAUAUCUGCCUGAUCCAUAUCUGGUCUGAGGGUCAUAUCUUGACCCAAUCAAUAUCUGUUGCAUGCAUGAUUUAUCUGGGCCCAAUCCAUAUCUGGUGAUUGGUUUAUAUCUUAUAUCUUGUCCUAAUCCAUAUUCAUCCUGCAGUCUAUAUCAUGGUCUGCAUGCUAUACUUUGGCUUGAUCCCUAUCUGACCUGAAUGCAUAAUAUAUGUUUUACUUCCUGUAAAACUAAGUCACACAUCAUAUAAUGGCUCAUCACAGUCUGGUUUUGGAAUGUUGACUUGUAAUAAUUCUAAUGCCACUAGUAACAAUUGCCUUUUCGUAGUACAUGUAUAUGAUAAAUAGAUUAUGACUUUUCUUUGUUCUCCAUGAUUUGUAAUAAUUUUAAUAGGAUAUGGUCUUGUUAACCUCUAAAAUUACUUGAAAUUUCAGGUAUUGCAUUCACUUACCAGAUAACUAAUCAAGAAUGUUAGCCUUGGACUCCAAACAUGCUAGAAUUACUGGAGUUUACAGUAGAUGAACAACUCUUAUGACAAGACUGAUAUAACUUAUUGUCAAUAUAUUACCAAUGAAUGCAUGUUUUUAAUAAAAUUAUUUGUUGUUUAUUGCUUAUUUUAGUGUUAUAGCUGUGAAAAGAAAUCCUUUAGCAAAAACACAAUACAGACAGAGAAAACCUUGGGUUACUACCAGUAUUUAUGUUGGUUUUGGUGAAUCACUUGCUACUUGGAGACUGCUCAUUUUGAAAUAUUUUGUAAUAAAAUUGCAUAUGCAUAUCAAGUAAUUUUAACAAGCAAGUUUGAUAACUGUAUUUUAUUUUGUUUUAAUAUGUUGAUGAUUACUUUCGAAGUCGCAGCACUGUGUCAAAAUGUGUGUAUCUGCUUUAUAUUCUAGGUGCUAUUGAGAAGGAAUGGUUUUUUAUGGAGUUUGUUAAAAAAGAUGUUUUUUUACAAAGUGACUUGAUUUAAUAGUUAAAAAUGAUUGUUUUUGAAUAGUACAUGUAUAUCUUUUAAGUAUUAAUAAUUUAAUUGGUUUUCUUGUGUUAGAUCUUGUUAAUUAAUGAAUUUUUUUUUUUUUUUUUUUUCAAUUUUCAAUGAAACAAAUAUUCUCGUGUUAAAGUUUACUCCAUGUUGUAUUUUCUUAUUGUAUUUAUGUUUCAAAGUAAAUUAAAUAUUUGGUAAAAUUUUAUCAACCGGAUACUUAUAAGAAAAUUAUGUCAGAGAGAGUAAUCUCCCUUAGCAUAUUUUACUUAUCAGACAACCUUGGGCCUGUUUGUAAUAUUUCAGGAAUAGAUCUUGACAGUCCUGCAGAUGUUAUUGCAGGCAUUGAAAUUCUUUGUCAAGGCCUGUCUAAAAUCAACACAAACUGGAUGGUCCAACCUAUAAAUGAAAAACGACCCCAAAAUCAGAUAGUUAUCAUCACAUUUAUUAAUAUUUGAUCUAUGAAUGAUUUUUUUGUCUUUUAAGUGAAGACUGUUAUAUGACGAUACCUAUUGACUGAUUAAUCUUUCAAUUAAGUACAUUAUAUAAUUUUACUGUUGACUGACAGUGUUAGAGAAGUUGAUAAGUGAUAAAGGGACAGCCUAUAUAAAACACAGUUUGGAGGUGUAUAUGUACACUAUGAGAUCAGCAAUGAGAACCAGACAAUGAUAGUGUCUAUACAAAUAUUUACAUUCUUUGAGGAUUGAAUUAAUACCUAUGUUUUAACUUAUAUCAGAAAAACUUUAUACUGUUAUUUUGAUGUACAUGCAUUUUUUUUUUCCAAAUCUGCCUAUUUUUAUAUAGAUAAUUAGUAGGUUAUUGUUUUGUUACAAUAUCAUAUUCUUUUUAAGUCAGAUUAGGUAACAGUGUAAUACUUAAUUAUAUGCUUUUGAACUUGAGUGUGUGAACUUACAUAUACAGUGACAAAAUGUCUGAGAAAUAACAACGAAUUUCAUUGUUUAUAGAAUAAUGAUGUUUGCUCUUAAAUAUGUAUAAAUGGCUCAAGAUUUAUUUCAAAUAAAAAAAAAAUGAAUGAAAAAUGUCUUCUUUAAAUUCAUGUUAAUAUAUUAAUGGAACGGUUAAGAUAUGACUUAGGCACAUUUUUAUUUCUAUUACAUAUUAUAUUACAUUGUUCACAUUCUUUGUAAAAAUGAAAUAAUUUUCAUUUUGCAAUGAAAAGAUGCUCAUUAUUAAUCUUAUGAAACUCCAACUUAUGAAAGCCAGAGUUGGGGGCAUCCUCUAUCCGAGGUGAAAAUCGCAGCAAUUUUCACCUGGUGUUGGAGGAUGGGAUUUUAAUUGUGUCAAAUUUAAAACAGUGAUAUAUGAAGCAUAUGUGUUUGUACAUAAUAAUAGCUGGAUUAAGCACUUUUAAAAUGAAUUUUUUUUAAUGGAGUUGAUCACUUAAUAAAAAUGAAAUUCACUUGUUGCAAUUCAAAGACACGUUGAUAAAUUUCUUUCAAAUGUUAUGCUCAUCUCGUUUAAUAUGGUCUUGCUUCAAAUUUGUUCAAAGUAACGGUAAAAUUAUAUGUCCAAUUUUCUAUCAAAAUUGGUAUGUAUGUGACAUUUGUGACAAGGGAAAUCACUUUAAUGGUCCCCUUUAUAAUGAGAACCUGUUAAUGUAGAUGAUAAAUGAUUACAGUAUGUAUUAAUGAUGCAUGUGAUAAUAGUGAUUUUUCAGGAAUUUUGAAUAAAGAAAUAAAAUGAU